ACCGCGCCGCGCCUCCCCUCCUUUCCUUAUCUCUUCCCAAUCGGGGGAUCUUAUCCACUCACUCUUCCUGGCCCCCUUCUUCCAAUCGCUGGAGCGCACCGCUACCGUGAAUUCCGACGACGCCGGCGACCUCCUCUAGCCCGACGACCUCCACAACCCGCAUCCUACCCUCUCUCAGUCUUCUUCCUAGCACAACGAGCUCCACUCUAUUCCGGCCGCCGGCGGUGCGCUGCCUAACGCCUGGCCCGGAGCUGGAACCGGCACAACGAGGUGUUGCAACCCGCCGCCAGCAAUGCUGGAAUCAGCCACCAGAAAGCUGCAAUCGGGCGCCAUAGCUGCGACCAGCCAGAGAAAAAGCCGGCACUGCCCACUGGUAGAGCCACAACCAGCAAGCAAAAAAGCUGCAAUCGCGGCGCUCGCGAGCUACAACGAUGACGAAGCGGAUGCAACGGUGCUGGAACCAGUAGAAGGAGAUGCUACAACCAGCAGUACCGAUCCACGGCAGGUGUUGCAACCAUAAUUGUCGGAAGGUGGAACCGGCUUUUGUUUUUGCUACGACCGGCGAGAAAUUUUGCUACGACUCGACGACGACAAUCUAUGGUAUUUGCUGGAACCGGCAGUUUUGUUUGCUGGAACCAGCUAAUUUUUUGCUUCAACUGGCUUUUUUGGUUUCUCUGGUUGCUCGGAUUUUUGUUUUUUUGCUGGAAAACAGUGUUGUAAACUCGAUGGCGACGGCGAGCCAGGCGGCGGGCGCCGCCGUGCUUCGAUUGGUUGCUGGAACCGGCUUGGCGGCAAGCUGCGUUAGGCUUUAGUGGAGUUGCAUCUGGCAGUGGGUGUCGCUGGAAACGUUUGCAAAAUUGGGAGGCCGUGCGACGACGAGGACGGCGAGGGGCAGCGAGCUGCAUUUGAUGGCGACGACGGCGGCCAUGGAGGACGUCGGGUGGGGCAACCACGCUAUGCGAGUGGGCGUGUUGUGUGUGAGCGAAUCAGAAUUAUUUUUGGGAGGAAGAAGAAAUCAACGGAUGUAGACAUCCAGAUCGGACGCUCAGGGGCUGACCGGCCGAAAGUUAGGCCGGCGCACAGGUGACUAUUAGUCGCCGUAGACAAAGUGUGGGAGCGAGAGACAGAUAUAUAGGGUGUGAAAAAGAGUAUGUAAGGAUAGAGUGGCACUGACAUGUUACAAUGAGAGGGAGGAGACAUAGAGAGAGCUUUAGUGUGAAAUAUAGCACAAGUGCACCGUUACGUGUUUGAAAUUCAAAUUGUGUGUUCAUGGAGGUGGAAAAUAUUUUGUAGGAGGAUAUGAAACACUUUCGACGAAAAUUAGCCGUCAUUUUGCUCGAUUGAGAGCUGAAUAAGCUAAAAGGAGGUCCCAUAUAUCAUCAACCUGACGAUGAAGAAACUUUAGCUAAUUCUGAUCUCGAGAUCCUAGAGAAUCCACCUAACAUAGUCGAAGACAAACGUCCUGCCCCAAUCACUAUCAUGCCCAUGGACCAACGUGAAUUACUUGCUGACCUAUGGAACUACAUCAUGUCGAUCGAUGAUGCCGGGUGUUUGGGGAAGGAAUGGGUCCGGAGCUCGACACCCCAUCCAAUGAACUCAAGUCUUAAGAAACUUCAAGGCAUACUUAACAUGGAGCAACCUAUGGACAAUGAUUGCUUCAACACCGCUGUGCGUAUACUGGCAUGUGACAAGGAAGUAUUGUUCAUAGACCCUCCUAUACACUACAUGGAUCUAAGAUUUUAUUCCAUGAUACUAAAGUCAACACGAGGUCAGAAGUUUUGCGAGAAGGAAACUAUCCAGACAUUGGCAACAUUAUUUGAUAGCUGGCCUGGGAUAGACAAAGACAUCUCAUUGUGCAACAUGAUUUAUCUUCUCUAUGCAUCUAUGGGCCGAUACAUCUUGUACGUCAUCGACAAAGAGGCACGUUGUCUAUAUUAUGGACCCUAUUCAAACAUCACAAUCGUCAGAGGAUAAAAAGUUGAGUCACACAUUAAAAUUAAAAAGUUUUGCAAGGGAUUUCAAAGAAGCACUCAAAAUAAAGCUGCCUGGUUGGAAUUCCAAUAUAUCUAAAUGGCAAUGUUUAUUUCUGUUUGGUAUUCCAACGAGUAUAGAUGGGUAAUUAAUUCAUAAUAAAUGCAUUUAUUUUUGUUAUCAUUAUAUUCUUUAUAUUAUUAAUUUAAAAAAUUGCAUGAAUGUGUCUGGCUAUUUUGUUUUUCAUUUUAUGCUCUGGUGGAACGGUAAAUAAUUGGUCAAGCCGGUUUGCGCGGUGAGUAUUGUCCGUUAUAUGUUUUAAGACCUUCAGUGUAAAAUUUUCAUACUAACUACAUAUAUUGUUUGUGCAGGAUGUGUAUGAGUUGAGAAAGCAAUUUUUUAUUAUACUUGCUAAAACAUUGUGCGAAUAAAGCUAAAUGCAAUUUUCCUGAUAUUGUGAAAGAAUUUUUUAAGCGCACCAUCUAGAUAUUGAUAGUUUUGUAAUAGAUGUGAAAGUCGAACAUCGCUCAAUUUGUUACAUGGAUAUGUUGUUAAUCUUUCUUUUUGUUAUCAAUUUACGUUGCAAAAAUGGACUUCAAUUA